AUGCAGAUCUUCGUAAAGACUCUGACGGGCAAGACUAUCACACUGGAUGUCGAGGCCUCUGACACCAUCGACAAUGUGAAGGCCAAGAUCCAAGACAAGGAAGGUAUCCCACCUGACCAGCAGCGGCUCAUUUUUGCGGGGAAGCAGCUCGAGGAUGGCCGCACCUUGUCGGACUACAAUAUCCAGAAGGAGUCCACGUUGCACUUGGUGCUUCGCCUGCGCGGUGGCCACUGUCAGGUACCCUGCGGCAUUUUUGAUGAUCCCAAGCUCGUGGCCGACAUGAAGGAAGCAGCUGCCACCAUCAAGAAGGCCAUGGUGCAGAUCGGGGAGCUAUCAGCUAACAUGACGCCGUUGAACAUCAACCAGAUGACGCGCUGGGUGAAUACAAAGGAAGAGCAUGCUGGCAAGAUCAUCAGCUUGGUGUCAGAAUACUGCCUUUGCCAGCGCGUGAAGCCGGUAAGUGAUCCAAAGACGCCCUUUUCGAGCGAGGCGGAUUUCAUCGCAGCCCUUCAAUGCCACCACCAGGUGAUGUUAGCGGCUGUGAAGUGCAAGCAGAAUGUGGACCCAGCAUUGGCCGAUGCCCUCGAUGCGGCUGACAACCACUCCCGGAUACAAAGCGGCCAUGCUAACAGGCUCACAUGCACUGAUGUCGCGGAGAACGCCCGGUGCCUUAUCGGUGGUGGUGCAGCAAUGAGCAUGUGCAGGGCAGCGAGCAGGCCUUUUGCACUCCUUGACUCCUUGCCUGUCCUUGAGCCGGAGGGGCAAGUGGAUCUGGCCGCAUGUGGCACCGGUGAGCAUGACGGCUUUGACGGGCAUUGCGCAGACUUGGUGCCGACGGCCACUCCUCGCGGUGGAAACGGCCGCGUGCGAGUGACUGCAUCAUGCCGGCUACCUCGAGCAUCCAGCUCUAUCGCGAUGGAGGCCAGGGACGCAAGCCCGGACUCGCCAUCGUUCAGGUGUGGACUUCCGCCACUACCGAGGGUGGACUCUGCCCAGACGAUCUCCCGACCCGACUCACAACAAGGUCGAACCCGCUCAAUCUUGCGCACAUCGCGAUCACGAGAAAGGUCGAACUCUCAGAGCAAGCGAGUUUCGUUUUCCGGCGACUGCAAGCCCGCGCCCCCUGCUUCCAUCAACGAUUUGAUUCACCAGUGCAAAGCACCUCCAGAAGAGCUCAGCGUACCAGCGCCAGCUGUCGUGGCUCAAACCCUCAGCUCGACCAGCGAAACGUUCUCCAUGACAGGCAAGCGAAUGGCUUUUCGACACUUCGCGAUCUUUGCGGUGAUUCUGGCCAAAGCAGAGCCAGAAGUUUGCGAGGACUGCACAGCGAACAAUCGCGAGGAACCUCACCACUUGCACUUAGUGCAAAGGCAGCUGCAACUGCUCCGAGCCCCCAGCACACGCCCCUGGGAGGAGGCGCGGGCUGCGGCCAAAAGCGUUGCAAGCAAGCUCGCAAAUGAGGAGCUGUACGAUCUUGUUCGAGGCAGCCAUUUCGCAUGGUAUGGCUCACCCGAUCCAGGGUACUAUGUGGGCAACACACCGGCCAUCCCACGGUUCAGAAUCCCGGCCCUCAAGAUGCAGGAUGCCGCGCAGGGUUUCCGUGCAACGGAGGUUGGCACAGCCGGCACCACGACGUCUUUCCCAAGCAUGUUGGCUUUGGCUUCAACAUGGGAUGAGGAUAUGGUACGCUUGGUCGCAAGUGCCCUUGGUACAGAAUACAAGGGCAAGGGGGCCAACUGCAUUUUGGGGCCUUCUAUCAACGUGCACCGUGCUGCAGCUGGCGGUCGAAACUUUGAGUAUCUCUCGGGCGAGGAUGGCCACCUUGGUGCGAAGUUGACAGCUGCGUAUGUGAAGGGCGUGCAG